UUGGCGGUCAUAAUAUAUUUUAAUUGAAAUAUAUUACUAAUAUCUAAUAAAACAUGACUGAAACAGAUGCAGCAGCGAAGCCUGUUGAUAUACCCGUAACAUUUUUGCCGUACCUGGAGAAAUAUAGGCUUUACAAGUUAUUCAAGGACAUGAUGCAAGACCUGAUUGUGAACUUGCCAAGGGACCCCCUGAAGCACAUGAAGAACUUCCUUAAAAACCAUGAGGGCACGGACGCCAUCAACCUGAUGUUACUGAUAUCGCCGAAACUGGAUUUUGACGUACCCAGCGUUGUUAAGGCAAUGAUAAGGGACUUUGGAUUCUUCGUGAUCACCAGACGAACUAUUUUAGACCACUAUGAGAAGCACGACGAUUAUAAGCCAGGCUGCGUGGAUCCGGCUCUGAUGUCGGAGGUGACGAAAGCGCUCACGAUUAAAGACGAGGUGAUCCAAAACGGAUGGCUCAUGUAUGACCAUCCCUGCACGCUCCGCGAGGCCCGCUGUCUGCAGCAAGAUGGCGUGAUCCCCACCGUGGCGCUGGCGAUCAUGCCCACGCCGCCCGUGGCGCCCCCCGCGACCAACAACCGCACUAAGCCGAGGAACUUCUUUCAGCAGGAAUUCGAGGGUCUUCAAUACGCGUAUAAAGUGUCGCUUAAGGAAGUCCACGUCGACCCGUCAGAUUCCACCGACACCAUAUCCAGCAAGUGCUUCAACGCGAUCCGGGCGUGCUCCGCGGGCGCUCAGGGCCCCAAGCAAGGGUUCCACGCUACGGGCGCUCCGGGGGCCUACCGCGUGGCGCUGAUUGGGCCUCGGGGCGCCGGCAGGAAGACGCAGGCGGCGCUCUUGGCGAACCAGUUCAGUUUAGUAUGUUUAAACUUCGAGAAGUUGUUCGCCGAAGCGUCCGCCCGUGACGACGACAUUGGAAAAUGGCUGCGCCGGCAUGGGCCCAGCGUGGAAAUGAAAGCACAGAUCGUGCGCAGACGUUUACUGGAGAAGGAUUGCAUAGACUACGGGUACGUCAUAACCGGCUUUCCAGCUUCGGGAGCCGAGUUCGAGCUGUUUGAACAUAUGGAGACCCCUCCCAAUCGUAUAAUCUUCAUGAACGCCGACAUGGAGACAUGUAAGAACCGCAUCCUGGCGCGCAGCGUGGACUGGUGCACCGGCAAGGUGACCGCACGCGGCGCUCCACGCUCCCUGCCCCAUCCAAAAGACACGAAGGAAGUUGUGGAGGCUGAGCUUGACUUCUACUUCUCUGACGGCAUAGCCGAGAUGAGGGCUGCUGCUGGACUCAGUGCUUGGGAGAUCGACUCCAACCAAGCAAUCGACCACGUGCAGACGAAGCUGCAGGCGGCUAUCAUGGCGGCUCCGUCCUGCGACAUCAAGUUCAACCAAAGCGGAGGGGGUCUGGAGAACGCUCGCGUCGAUUAAGUUAAGACCCCCCCAUAGUCCAUACUGUCACAGAAUAAAUAAUAGUACUAUACCCUACUACCUUACGCGCGACUUUCAAUCCGGAGGUCGCGGGUUCAAGCCCAGGCUCGUACCAAUAAGGUACUUCGAUAUUAUUAUCAUUUCAGGUGUUUUGCUGCUGUCUUCGAAAAAAUAUUUUUCUGCCCUCCGGGCGGAAAGCGGCAACUUCGGUUGGCGCAGCGGAAGGCAGAAAAAUAGUAUGCGCACCACGGGAGGAAACGUAGCACAUACCAUCCCGCGUGUUUGUCACUCUCGCCUUCGGCUCGGGUAACAAUACGCGGCACGCAAUUUCCUACUAUUCCUCCCUUGGGACACAAAUAACUAUUGUCAACUGUACAUAAUUAGUUCUUAAAAUUGGAAUCCUUAAUGUACGACAUAUUUUAUUUCCCAUAUAUUAAGGUAGUGUAUACAUAUUUUUGGCACAUUUUUCUUAUUGAUGUUUUCAGACUGUACAGUCAGCGUCAAUUACUUUGUAGCAGUCAAAGUAGCCAAAUAGUUCGGUACAGUCAGCGUCAAAUACUUCGUAGCAGUCAAAGUGGCCAAAUAGUACGGUACACCAUACUAAAGAUAUGGUGUACAGUCAGCGUCAAAUACUUUGUAGCAGUCAAAGUGGCCAAAUAGUUCGGUACACCAUACUAAAGAUAUGGUGUACCAAACUAUUUGGCUACUUUGGUUGCUAUAAAGUAUUUGACGCUGAUUGUACCAGUUGCACAAAAUACGAUUGUGACUGAAGUGAAUUUAUAGUUCAUUGUGCAACGAGGUGGGUAAGUGAAAUUUUGGAUACGAGGGUGGUAAGUCCCGACAGCCACAGGUUGUAGGAAAUUCAUAAUUCCCGCGGAAACAAUAUAGGCCUUUGUUCUGCAGUACACCUGCAUGAAAUAAGAUCUUUUUCGAGCAAGUGUGAUGAAAAUAUUAUUUUCUUCGUAGAUAUGUUGGCGAGCGAGUGACGUUUUCAUAUGACGAAUAUCAGUAAAGGCGUCCGCGCUAUAGGGACCGUGCGCGUCGGAGGGCCUGCCAUCUUGUGGCCUGAAUCGUAACCAUAAACAUGCACACGUCACGUGUUUUCUUGUGCAUAGUAGGUUCUGCCAUCUUGUGGGCUACAUCGGAACAAAAAACAUCACAUUUACGCCUAGCGCCAAAAAUCUGACGGCUCCUGUGCUGCCUCCUACAGUUCAUGCACGCUCCCUAUCUGGCACGGGUGCAUGGAGCGGGUGAGCGAAUGAGUGCGA